CACGUCUCCGGGGCGGUUGGAGUUGUACUUUUGCCGGGCACCGCCGAUGGAUUGCCUUCUCCUUCCCGCAAGCCGCGACUGCUCUACUUCCCCACAAAACCGAACCAGCUCCCCUCCUCUCGCAUCUCCCUCCUGCAAUCUCUCUCUCCCAGUUCGACUCUGCGCUGCUACUCGUAGCUCGCCCGCUGAGAUGGACGGCAGCAGCCUCAAGUCCGCGCAGCUCCUGGAGCAGAUGCGCCUGCACAUGGCCACCGACGCCGGCAAGGAGCUCACCAAGAAGGUCGGCCUCGUCUACCAGCUCAACAUCGCCCCCAAGAAGCUCGGCGUUGACGAGGAGAUCUUCGUGGUCGACCUCAAGAAGGGCGAGGUCAGCAAAGGACCGUACCAGGGGAAGCCGGAUGCUACCUUCUCCUUCACUGACAACGAUUUCCUUGGAAUCGCCAGCGGCAAGACGAACCCGCAGAUUGCGUUCAUCCGCGGAGCUAUUAAGAUCAAGGGGAGCAUAGCCGCUGCGCAGAAGUUCACCCCUGACAUCUUCCCCAAGCCAGCGAAGCUGUAGAAGGUUAGAUUGUAUUAUUUGGGCGUGGUUGGAUAAUAAGGUUUGCAGGCCUCAACCGCUGUGUACCUGAUAGCAUGAGUGGAAUACAUGAACAACACACGACCAUCUGAUCUUUAUCAGUGGAAUUUGGAUAAUGCCUUGGUUAAUCUGUCACUUAAAAUGAGCUCAAUGUUCGUCUCUGGUGAUUACUGCUUUGCCUUUCUGCUUGAUUACAAUAAGCAAUCCGAUGCUAAGUCGAUGUCCCUGGUGAUAGUUCAGUGGUUAUGUCCUUAUUUUGAUUGAGAUUAUGUAACAGUUUUGGGCUUGCUCUGUCGAGCUACAUUAGUUUUAUAUUCACAUAUUCUCAACUUAUUUCA